AUGGGGUCCAACGUCAAGUACCGCGCGGGAUUGGUCCUCAUCGUCGCCGUCGUGCUCAUAUGGGUCACCUCCGCCGAGGUCACGCAGGGGAUAUUCGCUAACUACAAGCAACCAUUCGCAAUUACUUACUUGGGGGCCUCCCUUAUGGUUAUUUACAUUCCUUUGGCAUUCCUAAAGGAUUUUAUAUACAGAUUGUUGACAAGGCAUUCUGGAAGCAGCAGAGCUUCAAAAGUCACGAGCAAAUCUUCCUUUGGCGGUACUGCCCCUUUGAAGAAUGGUGAAUUCCAGAAGAUGCUGGAAAUGGAAUCACAGAAAACUGUGGUGAUAAAUUACACUGACGUCAAUCUUCCUGAGCUAGAAGAGACAAAACCACUUAUUUGUGGAAUCGGUGAAUGUGGUGGUGAUGUGAAGGAGCAAGAACUUUCCACUAAGCAGAUUGCAAUUUAUGGACUGUAUCUUUGUCCCAUAUGGUUUGUGACAGAGUAUUUAUCAAAUGCAGCACUUGCAAGAACUAGUGUUGCCAGUACUACUGUACUAUCUUCAACUUCGGGACUCUUCACACUUUUUAUUGGUGUUCUUCUUGGCCAAGAUUCCAUAAAUGUUGCAAAAGUUAUUGCUGUUUUUGUUAGCAUGGCCGGUGUAGCAAUGACAACCAUGGGCCAGACUUGGGCAGCAGAUGAAUCAGAAGUAAGCAAUUCAGGGGCCACACAGAGGACUCUUCUAGGUGAUAUGUUUGGUCUUCUGUCAGCUGUGUCGUAUGGUCUAUUUACUGUGCUGCUCAAAAAGUUUGCUGGAGGGGAAGGAUCAGGAAAGGUUGAUGUCCAAAAACUGUUUGGUUUUCUCGGACUUUUCAGUCUUUGUCUUCUCUGGUGGCUUGUCUGGCCAUUGACUGCGCUUGGCAUUGAACCAAAGUUUACAAUGCCUCACUCAGCUAAAGUGGAUGAAGUGGUGCUGGCAAAUGGCCUCAUUGGAAGUGUGCUAUCAGAUUACUUCUGGGCUCUUUCUGUUGUUUGGACCAAUCCCCUGGUAGCCACAUUAGGCAUGUCGCUCACAAUUCCACUAGCGAUGGUUGCUGACAUGGUCAUCCAUGGUCGGCAUUAUUCAACAGUCUAUAUUUUUGGUUCUGUCCAGGUAUUUUCUGGGUUUGUCAUUGCCAACCUUGCAGAUCGAUUUUCACGUUUUAUAGGACUAUAGUCCCAUGAAAUCAACCAGAUUGUAUUAAAGUGUACAUCUGGGAGGUUGGAUCGGCUAGUGAUGGAGUGUACAUUUGGAAGUUCGGGUUUGUUAGUCGAAUACAAAUCUGGCCUUCUGUUUAAAUCAUAAGCAUGGGGAAAUGGCACUGCAACUCCGUUUUUCGUUUACUUGGCCCUCUUUACUCACAGGAAUGGAGAAUUUUGUUGAGAUGAAAUAGAAAGAUUGUAAGCUUAGCAUGCGAAGGAACAGUCUACUGUAGCAAACCUUUGCAACUGUAAAUUCUCUUGCUACAAAAUGCUUUGUCAAUGCUUACUGUAUAGCGGUGUAGAUCUUAUCGCCGGUAACUGUGAACGUGAUAUGAAUUGCAUCCACGGUGAUAUAUUGA